AUGGCCCCCAUAGUCUCAGAUAUGACGGUACAUUUCCGUCACGAUAGAUCUAUUACUCAGAUGAUGUUAGAGAACACUGCAAAUGUCGAUCCCAACAAAGUCAUUAGUGAGGAUAUCCUAACGGGUAAAACUAUCACGUAUGAAACUUUGCGCGGGGAGGCAUUUAAGGCCGCCUGGGCAUUCAGACAUCGUCUAGGACUAAAGAUUGGAGAUACUGUUACUAUCAUUGGGAGAAGCUGCGUGGAUUAUAUUAUCGCAACGCAUGCUAUUUGGGCAGCUGGUGGGAUUGUCAGUACAAUAAACCACUCCUCGUCUGCAAAAGAGAUUGCCCAUGCUGUCAGGGUCAUCAAGCCCCAGUUCUUCAUUGUGGAUGGUAUAUACCACAAGAAGCUGCGCGAAGCUCUCACUCUAGCGCAGUAUGGUGAAGCGACGAUUUCGACAAUGGUUUCUAGAUUGGAUGGCCACCUUCUGUUCCCCAGCGACUUCUUCACCUGGGACUCAAAGCGUGUAGAGCCUGAAGCCUACGUUCUGGAUGGGCAAGAUGCACGAACCAGAUGUGCGGCGCUGGUCCUGUCUAGCGGAACCACUGGCCUCCCCAAGGCUGUCAUGUUGUCGCAUUAUAACUUGACUGGUAUUUGUGAAGCACUCCGUGGUCAUAAUCUUGAUAACUGGAGAGAGUCUAUGAGAGAAGUGUUUUUCCCGCCGUUGUCGCAUAUCUAUGGUCUAUAUGUCUGCGCAUUGAUGGGACCAUGGUUGGGGUACUAUGUGUGUAUGGUGCCUCAGUUCGAGUUGGAUACGUACUGCCGGCUUAUGCAUGAAAAACGUGCAACAUUAGCACGACUUGUGCCACCAGUUGCUGUCAUGCUGGCGGAGAAUCCUAUUGUUGACAAGUAUCAAUAUUCUAGUCUCGAGUACUUUUCCUGCUCGGCAGCACCAUUGAAGCCAGCAAUUGCGUCGAAGCUACGAAAUCGGUUUCCUUCGGUUAGCCUGUGUCAAACGUACGGCUGCACCGAACUAUCCUCUUGCAUCGCACAAAGUGGUGUGAGAGACAAGGAUGCUCCUCUAGUUGCUGCGGGCACACUACUUGCCAAUGUCAAAAUCCAAUUCCUGGAUGAGCAAGGCAAAGAGGUGCCCACUGGCCAACCAGGAGAGAUUGUGGUUUCCACACCCACCAUCAUGCUAGGGUACAAAGAUAAUGAUGAAGGAACACGUGAGAGUAUGCACGGACCGGAAUGGUACAAAACAGGAGACCUCGGAUACCUGGACGACAAGGGGUACUUGAUAAUUGUGGACCGACUGAAAGAUGUGAUCAAAUACAAGGGCUUCCAGAUCAGCCCCACCGAACUUGAGGAGAUAAUUGGAAGGCACCCGAUGGUGAAAGACUCUGGUGUCACUUCAAUCUGGGAUGAUGCGGAGGGCACUGAAAUUCCUCUUGCGUUCGUUGUGCCGAAAAGGUCGAUUUUAUCGAUUAAUAGAGAGAAAAUGGCAAAGGAAGUUCAGAAUCUUGUGGCGGGAGAAGUAGCAGGCUACAAGAAGUUGAGAGGAGGCGUGUGGUUUAUUGAUCAAUUACCUCGAAAUCCGACAGGGAAAAUGCUUCGACGGGAGCUACGCGAAAAGGCUGCAUCGAAGGCACGCCUGUAG